AUGCUCGGGAUCAUGGAGGCUGCUGUAGACAUUCUCGAGAAAGCCGGUGAAACAUUCUCGAGUCGUCCACACUUUAUCAUGGGUCCCCAGGUAGCACCUAAAGUCAAACCUAUGCAAAUCAAUGAAUCCGCAAUCUUAAUGCACGAUUACUUGACAAAGGAGGGCUCCUCUAAGCAACACAAAAUUCUCCGAAGGUAUACAGCAUCUUUGAUGUUCUACAUGGGAUAUGGGCGUCGCGUUACAUCUCUUGACGACCCUCUUUGCGUAGCACAUGAUCAGGAAGAAGAAUUUAAUCACAUCCGUACCAUGGCGUCCAAGGGUGUGUUGAUCAAGUACCCAUACUUUCCUAGUACAAAAGUACCUGGUCAAUUUUCCCUUGAGAGCUGGCCCAUGUUGCUAUGGCUCCCACAUCCUUUACAAUGGUUCCGACAUGAGCCUGAGAAGCAUCAAGAUACCAAUACAAGGCUAUAUACAACAGCCAUGAACGAGGCCGCAGGUAUCGGCACGACUACCACCGCGUUAGAAAUUGCGAUUUUGGCUAUGCUACAUUACCCAGAAUGUCUCCAGAGGGUAAAAGCCGAAAUAGAUGCAGUCGUUGGAAAGGAUCGCAUGCCAAUCUUUGAAGACCAGCAAUCACUGCCCUACUUGGGUGCUUUUAUUAGGGAAACAUUGAGAUGGCGACUCGUAACACUAGCAGGUAUUGCUUACUCGUCAACCCAGGGCUAUACCUAUAAGGGCAUGUUAAUUCCCAAAGACGCCUCUGUUUAUGCCAACGCCGCCGAAAUCAUGAAAGACCCAGCGGUAUUUCCUGAGGGCGAGAAAUUCAUACCGGAAAGAUUUUGGGAGACUGGGGUCAUCCUCAACUAUCGUUUUGGUUGUUUUGGCUUCGGCCGAAGAAUGUGUCCCGGCAUGCACGUCGAACUUCAAUCGAUGUAUAUCGUUAUUGCGCGAUUGAUCUGGGCAUACGAUGUUCUUCCCGUUACUAUUAAUGGCAAUCCUUAUAUCCCAGACAAGAAUGACUUCACUUAUGGGCUAGUCAGCUACCCAGCCAAUUUGAAGUUCCAGCUCGUGCCACGUAGCGAGAAACAUAGAGAGAUUAUCAUUGCUGACGCGUAA